CGUAUCUGGCUCGGAAGCAUUACAGGGCAAGGAACCCUGAUAAAAGAGAGAAAUUUAACACAGAAUCUGUAGUGUCUACGUUCACUUCUAUGCUUUUAAGAAGGUCUUGCAGCAACCACAACUAGAUAUGGCAGAUUAGAACUAAAGAGGGAAAAUCAGUAUGCAAGCAUGGAUCUGUAAAACAAGACUUAGAAAAUUCAUAUAAACCAAUUUUUCUAUUACUGAGCCGAGUUUGAAACUCAAAAUGGACAGGAUUGAAUCUUGGGUGAAAGAUCAACUUCACGAUGUGCUGGGGAUGAGCGACCGCCAUGUAGCGCAGUUCUUGGUUGGUACAGCAGUGCGAAGCUCAAGCUCUGCUGACUUACUGAGCCGUCUUCAUGACACUGGUGCCAUAGAUAUAACCGAGAAGGUUAAAGGUUUUAUAGAAGAACUUUGGAAUAAGAUUCCUCGGAAGGCUCCUGUAGAGCGUCCAGCCCGGGCAGCAGAGCGUGAGGCAUUGGCGAUGCAAGCAAAAAAUAGGUUAUAUACACUUGUAGAGGAUAGCGAUGAAGAGGAGGAGAAGAAGGUGCAAAGCAAAGAAGACAAAAGGAAGAAAAAACAUCUGAGGAAGAGGAAGAAAGAGGAGUCGGACAGUGAGAGCGAGGAGGAGCAGUCCCGCAAGGUGCCCUCUCCUAUCAACGUAUCAGAUGAUGAUGAAGAAGAGAAAGAGGAAAGGGAGCGACUGAAGGAUAUCGAGGAGAGAGAUGCCUUUGCCGAAAGAGUGAAGCAAAAAGAUAAAGAAAAGACCAGAAAUAUUGUAGAACGAUCAGACAAAAAGGCUUAUGAAGAAGCUCAGAAGAGGCUUAAACUGGCUGAAGAAGAUCGCAAACAAAUGGUGCCUGAGCUGCGUAAGAAGUCCCGAAGGGAGUAUUUAACUAAGAGGCAGCAGGAGAAGAUGGACGAUUUGGACGCAGAGAUUGCGGAUGAAGAGUAUCUGUUUUCCGAUCUCAAACUGACAACCGUUGAAAAAACUCAGCUAGAAUAUAAGCGGAAAGUGCGUGACCUUGCUAAGGAGUACAAGAAAGCUGGGGAGAAGGAACGGAUGGAAAAACACGAUCGUUACUUUAUGCCAGAGGAAAACAGAAGCAAGAAAAUUCCAGACCGCUAUGAGGAGCCAGUUACUGAAGAAAAAUUUGCUCCUCGUGAGGAACAAAGGCGUUGGGAAGAGGAACAUAUAGGUGCAGCAUCCAUGAAGUUCGGUGCUAAAGAUGCCCAGCAACGUGGUCAGAAGAAAUACGAGUUUGUGAUGGAAGAAGACGAGGUCAUACAAUUUGUCAGUUCAACAAGGAUAAAGGGCACUGUAGAGAAAGAGGAUGAAGAGUCGAGAGCCAUAUCAGAAGCAGAACGAAAAAUGAUGUCCAUACAGGAGGUCCGCAAGAGUCUUCCUGUGUUUCCAUACCGGUCAGAUCUUAUCCAAGCUAUAACCGAACACCAGAUCCUCAUCAUAGAGGGAGAAACUGGAUCAGGCAAGACCACUCAGAUCCCACAGUACCUGCAUGAGGAGGGUUUCACACGCAACGGGAUGAAGAUCGGAUGUACUCAGCCUCGCCGAGUGGCUGCCAUGAGUGUAGCUUCUCGAGUCUCUCAGGAAAUGGGGGUCAAACUGGGCAAUGAGGUCGGAUACAGUAUUCGAUUUGAGGAUUGUACCUCUGAGCGCACAGUUCUGAAGUACAUGACAGACGGUAUGUUACUACGUGAAUUCCUGACGGAGCCGGAUUUAGCCAGUUACAGUGUGAUAAUUAUAGACGAGGCUCACGAGAGGACCCUACACACAGAUGUGCUGUUUGGUCUAAUUAAAGACAUUGCCCGUUUUCGUCCCGACCUCAAGGUUCUGGUCUCAAGUGCCACUCUCAACACUGAACAGUUCUCUACCUUCUUUGAUGAUGCUCCGAUCUUUCGUAUUCCAGGUCGCCGAUACCCUGUAGACAUUUACUACACAAAGGCUCCUGAAGCAGAUUACCUGGAGGCCUGUGUGGUGUCUGUGUUACAGAUUCAUGUCACCCAACCAACUGGGGACGUCCUGGUCUUCUUGACUGGACAGGAAGAGAUAGAGGCAUGCUGUGAGAUGCUGCAGGAACGCUGCCGUCGUCUUGGCUCUAAGAUUGCAGAGAUGUUGAUACUGCCCAUAUACGCCAACCUUCCCUCUGAUAUGCAGGCGAAAAUAUUUGAGCCCACUCCGCCUGGAGCACGAAAGGUUGUUGUAGCCACAAAUAUUGCAGAGACCUCCCUGACUAUCGAUGGGAUCAUUUACGUUAUUGAUCCUGGUUUCUGCAAACAGAAGAGCUACAACGCUCGCUCAGGGAUGGAGUCGCUAAUCGUCACUCCCUGCUCAAAGGCAUCGGCCAACCAAAGAGCAGGAAGAGCUGGGCGUGUUGCGGCCGGGAAGUGUUUCAGACUCUACACAGCCUGGGCAUUCAAGAACGAGAUGGAGGAUUCAGCAGUGCCUGAGAUUCAGCGGACCAAUCUAGGGAACGUGGUGCUUUUACUGAAGAGCUUGGGUAUCAAUGAUCUCAUCCACUUUGACUUCAUGGAUCCUCCUCCCCACGAGACCCUAGUUCUGGCUCUAGAACAGCUGUAUGCUCUGGGGGCACUUAACCAUAUGGGGGAGCUGACAAAGAUGGGCAGAAGGAUGGCUGAGCUUCCUGUGGAUCCCAUGUUAUCCAAGAUGAUCUUAGCAUCUGAGAAGUACAAAUGCUCAGAGCAGAUCCUCACUAUCGCAGCCAUGCUGUCUGUAAACAACACUAUCUUUUAUCGUCCCAAAGACAAACUGGUGCAUGCAGACACCGCACGAGCCAAUUUUACUGUACCUGGCGGGGACCAUAUGGUGCUGCUCAAUGUGUAUACACAGUGGGUAGAGAGUAGUCACUCCCUGCAAUGGUGUUAUGAGAACUUCAUCCAGGCUCGAUCCCUGCGUCGUGCCCGAGAUGUGCGGGAGCAGCUUGAAGGUCUCAUGAGUCGCAUUGAGAUUGAGAUGACGACUUGCGAGGGGGACAGUACACCAGUGCGGAAGGCAAUCACUGCUGGAUAUUUCUAUCACACGGCCCGGCUCACCAAAAGUGGAUACAAGACUGUGAAGCAGCAACAGGCCGUAUAUAUUCACCCUAAUAGCAGUUUACACGAAGAGCAACCACGCUAUGUUAUUUACCAUGAGCUUGUUUUCACCACCAAGGAGUAUAUGAGACAGAUAAUUGAGAUAGACAGCACGUGGCUAUUAGAGGUGGCUCCACAUUAUUACAAGUCCAAGGAAUUAGAAGAUCCAAGCAGUAAAAAAAUGCCGAAGACGAUCGGAAAGAGCAGAGAGGAGCUGGGCUGAGGGAU